UGGGGUCGUGGAGAUCCCGGUAGAGGCAGGAAGGCUCCUUCGCAAAGGGGGAAUGGAGGUAAAUUGUUUAACACUAAAAGACCUGAUCAACCCCAGACUAAAUUUUGCAAUUGAAGAUGGGGAAAAUGCCCAAAAGGAAAAUAUAUUUGUUGAUCGCUCAAGGAUGGCCCCAAAGACACCAAUAAAAAGUGAACCAAUUGACUUAUCCAAACAAAAAAUCUUCACUCCAGAAAGAAAUCCCAUCACUCCAGUUAAGCUUGUCGACAGACAGCAAGCAGAACCAUGGACACCCACCGCUAACCUGAAGAUGCUCAUUAGUGCUGCCAGCCCAGACAUAAGAGACAGAGAGAAGAAAAAAGGACUGUUCAGGCCCAUUGAGAACAAGGAUGAUGCAUUUACAGACUGUCUGCAGCUUGAUGUUGUUGGGGACAGUGCUGUGGACGAAUUUGAAAAGCAAAGGCCAAGCAGAAAACAGAAAAGUUUAGGACUCCUGUGCCAGAAGUUUCUGGCUCGCUAUCCAAGUUAUCCACUGUCAACUGAGAAAACUACCAUCUCCCUAGAUGAAGUUGCUGUCAGUCUCGGCGUUGAAAGGAGACGCAUCUACGACAUUGUGAAUGUGCUGGAGUCGCUGCAUCUGGUCAGCCGGGUGGCCAAGAAUCAGUACGGCUGGCACGGACGGCACAGCCUGCCGAAAACCCUGAGGAACCUCCAGAGGCUAGGAGAGGAGCAGAAAUACGAAGAGCAGAUGGCACACCUCCAACAGAAAGAGCUCGACCUGAUGGAUUAUAAAUUUGGGGAACGCAAAAGAGAUGGCUGUCCAGAUUCCCAGGAUCCACAGUUACUGGAUUUCUCUGAACCGGACUAUCCCUCUUCAUCUGCAAACAGUAGAAAAGAUAAGUCUCUGAGAAUUAUGAGCCAGAAAUUUGUCAUGCUAUUCCUGGUCUCCAAAACCAAGAUUGUUACUCUUGAUGUGGCUGCCAAAAUACUGAUAGAAGAAAGCCAAGAUACGCCGGAUCAUAGUAAAUUUAAAACAAAGGUACGACGCCUCUAUGACAUAGCCAAUGUUCUGACCAGCUUGGCACUGAUAAAGAAAGUGCACGUAACAGAAGAGCGAGGCCGGAAACCCGCCUUCAAGUGGAUUGGGCCUGUGGAUUUCAGUUCCACUGAUGAAGAACUAGUGGAUGUUUCUGCAUCUGUCCUCCCAGAAUUGAAAAGAGAAACAUACGGCCACGUUCAAUUAUGUGCAAAACAGAAGCUUGCUCGACAUGGCUCUUUUAACUCAGAUCAGGCUUCUGAGAGGAUCCAGAGGAAAGUGAACUCAGAACCCAGCAGCCCGUACAGAGAAAAACAAGGAUCAGGUGGCUACUCCUUAGAAAUUGGAAGUCUGGCAGCUGUCUACAGACAGAAAAUAGAAGACAAUUCACAGGCAGAAGCUUUUGCCAAUCAGAGAGCGAUACCUCCAUUAAGCAGCCUGGAGGCCGCUGCUCCUUUCCCCAGCCUCUCUGUUGACUCAGAAUACUGUGUUAAUGCCUUGGCCCACCCAGUACUUUCCGUGGCUCCAACGGACUUGCAGGCCUUCUCUGCCCAGAAUGGUCUGAACGGACAAGGAGGUGUCUCCCUCGCCUCUGCCGCCUUGGAAGCGGAGAGCCUGAAGCCAGCUCUGCUGGCUGGCCAGCCCCUGGUGUACGUGCCCUCCACCUCGCUGUUCAUGCUGUGUGGGAGCCUGCAAGAGCCGCCGUCCCCGGGGUCGGGGUCAGAGAGGGACAGCAGGGGCUCGGAAGGCGCAGCAGAGCGCUCAGCCACGCCCUCAGUUCAGAAGCGCCUAGGGGAGGACAGGAAGCCCCGGGAGGAGGAAGAGCCGGCCACUAAGAGGCAAAGCAGGGACUGCGAAGACGGCCCCCUCUCCCUCGUCAUGCCCAAGAAACCCUCAGAUUCCACAGACAUUGCCUCUUCCAAGACCGUGGAUAAAAGGGGACCUGCACCCCAUGAAGACAUUCACAUGAAUGGACAACUUUCUGCUGCAAAGGAGGUUUCGGGAAAGGCUACAGCAGACUGCUUCAUUUCUUCGGAGUGGGGAAAUCCUUCUAGAAAUACAGAGAUAGAAAAGCCUUUGAAAGAAAAUGAAAGCACCAAAGAGUCCUCUUUGCUGCAGUAUCUUUAUGUACAGUCGCCAGCAGGAUUAAAUGGUUUCAGUGUGCUCUUAUCUGGCAAUCAGACCCCCCGUGGUGUGGGACCGUCUUCAGGUCAGCUGCCGCCGCUCAGUGUUCCAUGCAUGGUCUUGCCAUCGCCGACGCUGGGCCCUUUUCCUGUUCUCUAUUCACCCACGAUGCCCGGGCCAGUGUCCUCUGCUUCCAGUGCUCUCCCAAGCACGGGACCUGUGACUCUUGGCUUGCCUGGCCUUGGAUCAACAGCUCACCUUCUCAUCGGCCCUGCUACCCUGGUUAAUCCAAAGUCAUCGACACUCCCCUCCACAGAUGCUCAGCUUCAGGGUCCACACUCACUUAACCUGAGUCCGGUGAUGUCAAGAUCACACAGCAUCAUCCAGCCCGAGUCCCCCGUUUACGGAGGACAUCCAGCCUCUGUGGUAAAAUUACAACAGUCACCAGUUCCAGUGACCCCCAAGAGCAUCCGACGCACACAUCGAGAGACGUUUUUCAAGACGCCUGGCAGCCUCGGAGACCCUGUCCUUAGGAGAAGAGAAAGGAAUCAGUCACGAAACACCAGCUCAGCACAGAGGAGGCUUGAAAUCCCCAGCGGCGGGGCCGACUAACCUGACGCUUUGCCCAGCAGGGGUGGGAUGGAGGUGCCUGAAUUUCCGUGUUACAGGUCAUGUCCUAAUGGUGAACGGAAACUAGAAUGCAAACCAUCCGGUCUUCAGCGUGCAUCUUUCCUCUCUCCCGCAUCCCCUGGUUCUAAUGUUAACUAUCCAUCUUCAGGAAGCAUCUAUUUUCCUGAAAGUAAUUGUUCCUAAUUGUGCAUUUCUUACCAGUUAGAGUCCAGACUCUGUUCGUGGUGUCACAGUG